GCUCCUUCCUUCCUGGCUGCGCAGAUCGAAGGCUCGAGGCGAGUCGGAGAGCAGAGAGCGUCGCGACGGCGAGGACUCCGGCAUGGACUUCCACGCGCUCCCCCGCCGCGACCUGCAGGCGCUGUGCAAGCGCAACGGCGUCCGCGCCAACAUGACCAACGCCGCCAUGGCGGAAGCCCUCGCGGCGCUCCCCGCGGUUGAUGGGAUUGAGGAGUUUGUCAAGCAGCCGGCCGCCCUGCAGGCGCCGGCGACGGAGGCGGCGGUUAGUGCGGUGGCGGAGGAGGAUCCGCGAGAGAAGAAGGGAAGCCCGCUCCCGCGCGGCCGCCGCGUCACGUUCAGCACAACCGAGGUGAUCAACCUGGACGGCAGCGACGAGGAAGGGGUGAGAGAGAACAAGGAAGCCUCGCUCCCCCGUGGCCGCCGCGCCGCGGUCAGGCCAUCGAAGCUCAUCAGGCCGGACGACGGGGAGCAGGUGGAAAAGCAGGGUGAAAAUGGGGAUGAGAACGCGCCUGCGCUUGGCGAGGGGCGGCGCGGCGCCAGCAGGCGCGCCCGGGCCGACCCUGUGGUCGCUCCAACUACGAGGAGAAGGGCUGCGUCUAGUAAGGUCGAGACAGAUGAUGUGCCUGGGGCUGUGCAGGCGCCACCGGUCCCGGCCACUCGCCGGAGGGCUCAGAUCAGUACGGAGACUGCUCCUGCUCCAACCACUCGUCGGAGGGCCCAGACUACUGUGGCCGCACAGGCAGAGGAGAAGGUGACCAGGGGGAGACGGACGACGAGGAGAGCUGCGGAGAGGAAGCACGACAUCCAGCAAGAGGAAGAAGAGUGCAUUCAAGGUAACAAUGUCUUGAUUCAAGGUGUCGUCCCCGACGUGCAAAGUACAGAGCCCGUACCUGUUUCUCAGGGGGCAUGUAAUGAUACUGAUAAGGUAGAAGAAACCGGUGAAUUUCUUGCCGCACAGCAAGAGAGCGCACUCGAGAAGUCAAUGCAGGAAGAGGAAGAAAGAGAAGUGGAGGUGUCUGCUGAAACUGUUGAGGCAGUGACUCAGGAAUGCUCAGCUGACGCAGUACUAGAAGAUAAGCCGGUGCAGGAAGAGGAAGAAAUAGAAGAGGAAGUGUCGGCUGAAACUGUUGAUGCAGUGGCUCAGGAAUGCUCAGCUGACGCAGUACUAGAAGAUAAGCCGGUGCGGGAAGAGGAAGAAAUAGAAGUGGAAGUGCCUACUGAAGCUGUUGAGGCAGUAGCUCCGGUAUGCUCAGAUGACGUAGUACUAGAAGAUAAGCCGGUGCAGGAAGACGAAGAAAUAGAAGUGGAAGUGCCUGCUGAAACUGUUGAGGCAGUAGCUCCGGAAUGCUCAGAUGACGUAGUACUAGAAGAUAAAUCGGUGCAGGAAGACGAAGAAGUAGAAGUUGAAGUGCCUGCUGAAACUGUUGAGGCAGUAGCUCCGGAAUGCUCAACUGACGCAGUACUAGAAGAGAAGCUGGUGCAGGAAGAGGAAGGGUUGGAAAUGGAAGCACCUGCAGAAACUGUCGAGGCAUUAGCUCAGGAAUGCUCGCCUGACUCGGUAGUAGAAGAGAAGCAGGUAGCAGUCGAAGUCGAACAGCUGAUUAGCUUGGAUGAUUCGCCCAUUCUUGGCCUCGUGUCUGGUACAGGACAGAGUGAGGAAGCCGCUGUCUGCAACAGUGAGUGUCGCAUGGACAUAUUGGUGACUGAAGAGAGCUCUGACACAGUUUGUGACGACAAGGAAGCCUUGUCUGCUGACGACGAAGCCUUGCCUGCUGAUGAGAAGGAAGCCUUGCCUGCUCAAUUCCUCACCGACACUGGCGAUGCCAAAGAAGAGGAGGAUGAAAUGGAGGCUGUGGAUGAGGCAUGUUUUGCAGCUGGAGAGAAUGGUGCUGAGACUGUCGAUGAACUAAAUGAUACACUGACAGAGCAUGCUAACAAUGCCGUUCAACUUAAUUUCUCGGAAGAGAUCGAUUGUGCUGAUGAGGAGGCGGGAGUAGUGGCCACCGAUGGUCUGUUGCAGAGCUCAGCGACAGUUGUAGCCAUGGUAUCAGGCAGCGUUGCCACUGAGGAAGCUGAAUUCUCCCUCAGUGUUGGCCAUGGCAGCGACGAGGAGGAUGCACUGGAAGCGAUAAAUGGAGCUGGUUUCACGGUUGGGGAGAAGGGAGUUGAGACAGCUGAUGAGCCGUAUGAUACGCUGUCAAAUGCUCCUAUCAGUUCAAUUCAGCCUGAUUUCUCUGCAGAUACCAGUUGUGCUGUUGAAGGCGAGGGAGUUGAGGAUCUGCUGCAGAGCACAGAAACUACGCAAGAUGACUUCAAUACAGAAGCUUGUCAUGCUGAUGAACCCAAUGAACUGGUCACUGUUAAAAGAGUGUCAUCAGAGGAUGAUAUCAGCGAGUUGAAUGUUAUCACUGGUGACCUCACACUGAUGUUCCAUGAUACUGAAGAAUUGGGUAAUCACAUUAACUCUGUUGAGACAGCUGAUGAGCCGUGUGAUGCGCUGUCGAAUGCUCCUCUCAGUUCCAUUCAGCUUGAUUUUUCUGCAGAGGAAACUACGCAAGAUGACCUCAAUACCGAAACAUGUCAUGCUGGGGAACCCAAUGAAUUGGUCACUGUUAAAAGAGUGUCAUCAGAGGAGGCUAUCGGUGAGGUGAAUGUCACUACUGGUGACCACACACUGAAGUUCGAUGGUAUUGAAGAAUUGCGUGAUCACAUUACCUCUGUCGUGCCGGAGGGAGUUCAGACCCUGCCACUGUUUACUGAAAUGCUCGACAAUGUCAACGAUCUCUCGUUGGGUACGGUCACAGAUGUCGAGGCAAUGGUAUCUGAAGUCAAGGAUGUGUCAUCAGACUGCGUGCACGGUAGCAAUAUCACGAAGAGGAGCACUGAACUUUCUGCAAUGGAGAAUGGCGACGAAGUGAAGGUCGUGGAGAAGAAGAAGGAACCUGUGGAACUAGCCAAACUUAGCCUAAGGAUUCUUAAAGCCAAGCUCAAGGAGAAGCUGACUGCUAAACACAUGCGGAAGGAAGCGAAAAGGGUGGCCUUGGGCAGGUUGGACGAGAAUGUUUGUUGAUUCAACACAACUGGACAGCAUCCAGCAACAGCGACCCUAGAAGAUAAGUGUGAUCAACAUCUUUGUUGCAACAACAUAUCACGCGGAUUGCGUUGGAUGCGUCCUGGUUGCUUUGAAAGGUUGGUGAUAGUUUGGUGUGGUUUUUUGGUCACGCAAUGGCCACGUAAAGCAAUGAAAUGCGUGUGUUAUUAGCAUCAGGUUGUGAAACCAUGGUUUCUGUAGCCUCCGUUCUAAUUUAUUUCUGUUUCUUCUUCUAUUUAUGUACGAUUCGACUGUAUUUUAGUCAAGUCUAAUCGUAGUAAGCUCACCCUGCCGUUGUGUGGCUAUGAAGCAGGAGUGAUUUGUUAAGUGUUAUUUUCUUAAUGACAGUCUGUGUUGUAUCGUAGUGUGUUAAGUGAUUUGCAGCUCCCAAACUGUUUGGAAAAUACCGUAAGUUUGCUGAUGCGCUUUUCCUAUAUUUCAGUAAAUUUGCACAGAUGCAAUGUCUAGAUAUAAGAUCCGCGUGUAAGAUUUUAAAUGACAAUCCA